GGGAAAGGCAAAGCGCCGAGCCGGGCCGUGGUGUGUGCCGCCCCCCUUGGGAUGGAUGAAACAGCAGGCGCGGCGUGGGUGAGAGGAACCAGCAGCUGAGACGGCCCUCCCCGGCACCGCUGCCGGCACCUCCGCGGAAGACCAGGGUCCUGGGAGUGACUAUGGGCGGUGAGAGCUUGCUCCUGCAGCAGUUGCGGUCAUCAUGACCACGCCCGCCUCCCGCAGAUCAUGUUCCAUGUUUCUUUUAGGUAUAUCUUUGGAAUUCCUCCCCUGAUCCUUGUUCUGUUGCCAGUAGCUUCGUCUGAUUGUGAUAUUGAAGGUAAAGACGGCAAAGAAUAUCAGAAUGUUCUGAUGAUCAGCAUCGAUGAAUUGGACAGCAUGAUAGAAAUUGAUAGCAAUUGCCUGAAUAAUGAAUCUAACUUUUUUAAAAAACAUUCAUGUGAUGAUAAUAAGGAACCUAUGUUUUUAUAUCGUGCUGCUCGCAAGUUGAAGCAAUUUCUUAAAAUGAAUAUCAGUGAGGAUUUCAAUCUCCACUUAUCAAGAGUUUCACAGGGCACAUUAAAAUUGUUGAAUUGCACUAUCAAGGUUAAAGGAAGAAAACCACCUUCCCUGGGUGAAGCCCAACCCACUAAGAAUUUGGAAGAGAAUAAAUCUUUAAAGGAACAUAAAAAACAGAAUGACUUGUGUUUCCUAAAAAUACUACUACAAAAGAUAAAAACUUGUUGGAAUAAAAUUUUGAGGGACGCUAAAGAACAUUGAAAAAUAUGGAGUGGCAAUGAAAACACAUGAACUUCAGUUGUAUCCUCCAAGAAUCCAUCUGCUCAUGCAAUUUUUCAGGGUAGAAUGCCUUCUAGAAGUUACUGAAUGGAUCCUGGUAAAAACGGAUGAGAGCAAUUGAGAAAUCCAUGCUGUAGUACUAGAAGAUGGGCAUAGACAAGGGGAACUGAAUGCUGCAAUCAACGACUGUUCCAUAUGUUUGCAGACUUACACCAACCGGUGUUAAUUCUGUGCUGAUUUUUGUAAGACAAUCCAUGUAAGGAAUUAGUUGCAAUAAUACUUUUGAAACCUGCUUAAAAAUUUCAGAAGAAGAUAUAUAAAAUAUGUGAAGUAUAUAAAGGUUACAAGAAUUAAAAAUUAACAUUGUUUUAUUAUCAAAAUAACGUUAUGGCUCACUAUGCGUCAGUAUACGGCAACAAGACUGGAAAUUGUCUGCUGUGCUGGAAAUCUUUCAGAGUUAACAGUGAGACGCGGAGAAUGCCCAUGAGAACAAGAGUCAUAUACCUUAAAGAAACAGCAGCUUAAACAAGUCCAAGAUACUUAAGAGAGAUAUCAAGAGAUGUAAUUAAACAUGACUGUAUAACCCAGUGCCUACAGUAAAUUGUACAGAAAAUGUUUUAAAAUGAAAAUAAAGAAUAAUUUCACAAAAGAGAAAGUCAGCUGUUCUAAGGAUGCUAAACCGUAGUACUGAGUUACUUUUGUCAUUUAUGUAUAAUAAAACUUGUCUACAUGAGUUUGCAAUUUGGUAGGUAUAUUUUUAAGAGAAUAAUAUAUGUUGGCCUUUUAAUUAAUGGAAUGUGUAUAUUUAAUUUUGACACUAUAUCUGUAUAUAAAAAUAUUUUCAUACAGUAUUACAAGCAAAUCGCUUAUUUUGGAUAACCUCUCUCCUUUGAUAAUAAAUGACCUAUGUAUUAACACUGUCAGAUUCACUUAAUGGAUCUCAACAAGAUUUUUAAGAUAAGAUUUUUAAUCUUGCACCACUAUUUGAUCUCUCACUUUCAUUGAAUAAAUGACCUUUAAUAUCUUGUUACUGAGAAGGUACAUGAAACCAGGACCCUAAAACUGUGUUAAGAACAGGAACACUACUUUACUUUCUAUGUUAAAUUUUAGUCUUUUAAAAGAAACUUUUGUAUAUACUAGACCCAGUUUAGAAAGAUCAGCCAACAGUCUUCACUUACUUACAGAGGGAAAUGAAAACACUAUUUUAGGGAGGCAAGGACCCUAAAACAGCCAGGAGUUUGCAGUUUGCUGAACUCACAAACUUCAUGCUGUUUCACAGCUCAUCACCACCUAGCUUUAUUUGAUCU